UCUGGUGUCAAGGCGUUUAACGGAUACUCUGAGGCUGCACAACAGAAUGUAAUACUGAAUCGCCAAAUUGACUGUGAGUGAUGCUUCUCCACCUCUGAAAGCCAAUAUCUCCUCCGUCGUCGAGGCAAAGAUGCUGAAGACGGAGGCUUCCUCUGAGAGGACCACCCUGAGGAGUGCCUCUCCACACAGGAAUGCCUACAGGGCAGAGUUUCAGGCUCUCAAGAAGGCCUUUGACCAGCCAAGACAGGAUGGCGACAACAAGAGCAAAGAUCCGGAGCGGAUCCGACAACCCCGGGGCCGGCAGUACGGGGCGCACGUCAGCCGAAUCAAGGACAUGUUUAUGCAGAUGGGCACAGACAAUAUCAGUUCUGGAAAGCCUCGAGGUAGAGAAGAAACAUCUCCACAGAAACUUACCAAGCCGACAAAUUUCAUUAAUCGGGCGGAUGGAUCAGUGAUUAAACUCCAGCAGGGAGAAAAAACCAGCACCUCAAAGUUCUCAGAGACAAGGAAGCUGUUCGAGCAGAGCUCCAGAGAUACAUCACAGUCUCCUGUGUACUCCUACGGCAGAGACAAGAGGGGUUCUCAUGAGCAUUUGGACGAUUGGAGAGGAGCACGAUCCAACAGGGGCAGCACAGACUCCUUAGACAGUCUUUGCUCACGAACAGAGGCGUCUUCACCAACAGUCAGCCAGCUUAGUGCUGUGUUUGAGAAUUUAGACCAUCAAGGACCGGGUUCCACUAUCCGACGAGGCGGACGCGCUCUUUAUUCCCCAGACGGCUCACUAAGACACGGGGACGCCAGCGAGGAUGACGCCAGCCUUCGUCAGUCUCCAUCACUAGGUGGGUCCAGGACACGUGUUGUUGGGAGUAAGAACACUCUUCCGGUUUCGUCCUCCUCAGAAGAUCUUCUCAGUCCCAGUCCUUUAUCUGAGCAGGCAAAGGCUGUCGAGGAGAAUAAGGCCCAGGAGAGAACUGUGGCAGAACAUGGGGAUGUAGGAACCAGCAAGAGUAUAGAUGGAUCUAGUGAGAACAAGCAAGAUGAAGAUGGUGCUGAAGUUUGUACAAACACGCCUGAAGUCAGUGCCACAACAUUGUGCGACCAACCACAAAAGGAUACAUCUGACUCAGCAGCAGAUAUCAAGGAUAUUGAGGAGCCUAAAGAUGAUUCCAGCCGGAUAGCAACGUAUAACACGGCGGAGCCCAACGAGGAAUACUGUGCCAAUGAGAGGGUUAUUUUCAAUGCUGACGGAGAUGCCUGCUACGAGGGCUGGGAAGAGAGCUGCACCGACGUGGAUGAUGAUUUGUAUGGGGAUGAAGAUGUUUGCUAUGAUCCUGGAUCAGAGAUCACUGAGGUUCCUGGUCUUCCGGAGGAGGAGAAGGAAGAUAUUCCUCCAAAGCGGAAAAUUCGAUUCAGUACUGCCGCAAUAACGGUUUUUAAUACCUACUCAAACGAGGAUUAUGAUCGCAGGAAUGAGGAGGUGGAUCCAGUAGCAUCCUCAGCAGAGUAUGAACUGGAGAAGAGAGUGGAGAAACUGGAACUAUUCCCAGUGGAGCUGGAAAAGGAUGACGACGGUCUGGGUAUCAGCAUUAUUGGAAUGGGAGUGGGAGCAGACGCGGGCUUGGAGAAGCUUGGCAUCUUUGUCAAGACUGUGAUCGAAGGUGGAGCAGCAGAGAGAGAUGGAAGGAUUAAGGUGAACGACCAGAUUGUAGAAGUCGAUGGCACCAGUCUGGUGGGUGUGACUCAGAGCUUCGCUGCCUCUGUGUUAAGAAACACCCAAGGUGUGGUCAGGUUUGUGAUUGGCCGGGAGCGUCCAGGCCAGGAGAGCGAGGUAGCACAGCUGAUCAGUCAGACUCUGGAGCAGGAGAGGCGUCAGAGAGAGAUGAUGGAGCAGCAGUAUGCACAGUACGAUGCUGAUGAUGAUGAGACAGGAGAGUAUGCCACAGAUGAGGAUGAGAAUGUAGGACCUGGCAGGACGGAGAAAGACGUAACCAUCGAGGUUUUCGACUUGCCUGAAAACGAAGACCUCAUCUCCCCAUCGGAGCUGGACGCCACCAAACUCUACCAGAAAUUCAGAGAGCUACAGAUCAAACACACUGUUACUGAGGCUGAGAUCCAAAAACUGAAGAGCAAGCUAGCGGCAGUCGAGAAAGAGAAGGCCCGCUGGGAGCGAGAGAGAAGCCAACUGAAGCAGAGCAUCGAGGAUAAUAAGGAAAGGAUGUUGAAACUGGAAAGCUACUGGAUCGAGGCUCAGACGCUCUGCCAUACAGUCAACGAGCACUUAAAGGAGGCUCAGAAUCAGUACCAAACCCUGGAGAAGAAAUACAACAAGGCCAAGAAACUGAUCAAGGAUUUCCAGCAGAAGGAGGUGGAGUUUGCCCAGAGGGAAGAGGCAGAGAAGAAAAGACUUGAGGAUGUGGAAAAGGCUAAUUUAACUGAGAUCCAUGGGCUGCAAGUGAGGAUUGCAGCGCUGGAGUCGGAGUUGAAGCAGCUGAUGAAACAAAAUGGCAUUCAGGUAAACAACAACAACAACAACGAUGUGAACAGCCGCACCCAGCCGAGCAAGGGAGGCUCUACGUCGCAAUGUCCCGAGCGAUGCUUCAGUGUAGGAGAGUCGGACGAGCGUGUAGGCAGCGAUCCCAUGAUGGGUCAGAUGCAGAGGUUCGGAGACUCCAGAAGUGAACUAGACAGCGGCUGCUCUACCAAAAACGAGGAUGGCCUCCAGCCGAUGAGUUCUCAAAUUCUCUCCGAGUCCAUGGGCUCCAGGGUGCCUGAGAGUGAGGGUCUUCCAGUGAUGUCAAGCCUUUUCCAAGGUCUAGAUACAAAAUGCAGCAAGACGCUUCUGGAAUUAGGCUCCACAGAUCAUUCAAUAGAAAAACCCAACACGGAGAAACACAAAAGCAAGAAGAAAGCCUUUUCAUGGCCACACCUCUUCAGCUAUUCAUAUAACUUGGCUUCUACUGGGAUGGACAACGUCAGCGUGAGCAGCUCCAGUUUAGGAGAGAUCUGUGGUGUGGUCAAUGAGCCAAAGUUGACUGGCUGCUCACACACAUUACUGCUCUCUUCAGAUGAGAGUCUGGAUACAAGUGAUGAUGAGAUCCAGGACGAAGGGCAGCCGUUAAAGCAGCACCAGUGGCAGAACCGCAGUGUGACAGACUGGUCAUGUCAGCAGGUGUGUCUCUGGCUCAUGGGCCUGAACCUGGAGCAGUACAUCCCUCAGUUCACUGCCAAGAACGUGAAUGGAGAGCAGCUCCUGCAACUUGACACUGACACACUCAAAGAUCUUGGUGUGGACUCGUCUCAGGACCGGGCUGUGUUUAAGAAGAAGCUAAAGGAUCUGAAGGUGCUGAUGGAGAAGGCUCGCAGGAACAAGGAGAAGUUACAAAAGGGGGAAAAACUACACAAGAAACAACUGGAGGAACUGAAGAAAGAGUGGCGCAAAAAGAGCCAGACCUCUGAGCUGGGGGGAAAAAAGCGCAACGCAGAGUGACUGCAUUCAAUCAUGAAGAUAAUGAGGAAUUAUGAGAAUCUAGUAUUUUAUAGUACACUUGUCUGAGCUCCAUAUAGCGGACAACGGAAUCACAGUGGAAGAGGCACCGCUACUGAACUGCCACUGGAGCAAAUAAACCUGAACCAUCCCGAA